CGUAGAAAAAGAAAAGGACUCAGAUCGGGUUACAAGAUGGCGGACCGUUGGUGGAACUAGGAAUUAGGAUUUCGAAGGGAUGUUGUUUUUGUUGUAAUAGACAUCUCUAAACAGCUGUUAUUUUUUGCUGUUUUCCUAUUUCUUUAAUUUGGGCAUUUUGUUUUCCUUUCAGAAGUGGAGCUGAUUUCACAUUCAUUUGGCGAAAGGCGGGGUUUCUGUUUAAACUUUUCUUUAUUUACUGUGGCAAGCAGUGCAGCGGACCGAGUAGUUGUUUGGAACAUGCGGCUUGAAAGUGAGAGUUUCGGGUGCUGGUUUACGAAAUAAACCUUUCCACAAGGAGUUGGCGAUAUUCCUGGACUGAAAGGAGGCCCGAACCAUGUCAGAUACGCGGCGGCGUGUUAAAGUCUACACGCUGAACGAAGACCGACAAUGGGACGACAGGGGCACCGGUCAUGUCUCCUCUACCUAUGUAGAUCGCCUGAAGGGAAUGUCCCUGUUGGUCAGAGCCGAGUCAGAUGGUUCAGUUCUUCUGGAGUCAAAGAUAAGCCCCAACACGGCAUAUCAGAAACAACAGGAUACACUGAUUGUUUGGUCAGAAGCUGUGAAUUAUGAUUUGGCUUUGAGUUUCCAAGAAAAGGCUGGAUGUGAUGAAAUAUGGGAGAAGAUUUGUCAGAUACAAGGAAAAGAUCCCACAGUUGAAGUAACACAGGACCUUGAAUCUGAGGAAGAGCGUUUUGAAGAAAUGCCUGAAACAAGUCAUUUGGUGGAUCUUCCUCCUUGCGAACUGAAUAAGUUAGAAGAGAUAGCUGACUUGGUUACAUCUGUGCUAUCCUCUCCAAUUCGUAGAGAAAAGCUGGCGCUGGCGUUAAUGCAUGAGGGUUAUAUCAAAAAACUUUUGCAGCUUUUCAAAGUUUGCGAGGACCUUGAAAAUACUGAAGGCUUGCAUCAUUUAUAUGAAAUCAUCAGAGGAAUUUUAUUUCUAAAUAAGGCAGCUCUUUUUGAGGUCAUGUUUUCAGAUGACUGCAUAAUGGAUGUUGUUGGCUGUCUUGAAUAUGACCCUUCUCUUGUACAACCUAAAAAACACAGGGAGUUCUUGACCAAAACUGCAAAGUUCAAAGAGGUAAUACCAAUCACAGAUUCAGAACUGAGACAAAAAAUCCAUCAAACUUACCGUGUUCAGUAUAUCCAGGAUAUCAUUCUUCCAACUCCUUCUGUGUUUGAAGAGAAUUUUCUUUCUACACUGACCUCAUUUAUUUUUUUCAACAAGGUUGAGAUUGUCAGCAUGUUACAGGAAGAUGAAAAAUUCUUGGCAGAGGUUUUUGCGCAGCUUACUGAUGAAGCUACAGAUGAUGAGAAAAGAAGAGAAUUGGUAAAUUUUUUCAAAGAAUUCUGUGCAUUUUCCCAGACAUUACAGCCACAGAAUAGAGAUGCAUUUUUCAAGACACUUGCAAAUUUAGGAAUACUUCCUGCCCUGGAAAUAGUAAUGGGAAUGGAUGACUUGCAAGUUAGAGCUGCAGCAACAGAUAUUUUUUCCUAUUUAGUAGAGUUUAGUCCAUCCAUGGUCAGGGAAUUUGUAAUGCAAGAGGCUCAGCAAGGCGACUAUGACAUUCUUCUCAUUAAUGUAGUAAUUGAGCAGAUGAUUUGUGACACAGAUCCUGAGCUUGGUGGAGCAGUUCAGCUGAUGGGACUCCUCCGUACUCUAAUUGACCCUGAAAAUAUGCUUGCACCUACAAAUAAAACAGAAAAGACAGAGUUUCUCAGCUUCUUCUACAAAUACUGCAUGCAUGUACUUACUGCCCCUCUUUUAGCUAAUACAACUGAUGAAAAGCCAGGAAAAGAAGCAGUAGUUGGAACCAACAAGAUUAGUCCAGUUUGUCCUGAUAAUUUCCAGACAGCUCAGCUACUUGCCUUAAUUCUGGAGCUGCUAACGUUUUGUGUUGAACAUCAUACUUAUCAUAUUAAAAAUUACAUCAUGAAUAGAGAUCUACUGAGGAGAGUUCUGGUUCUGAUGAACUCUAAGCACACUUUCUUGGCUUUAUGUGCCCUCCGUUUUAUGAGGAGAAUUGUUGGACUGAAAGAUGAGUUUUAUAACAGAUAUAUUAUUAAAGGCAACUUAUUUGAGCCAGUCAUAAAUGCAUUGUUAGACAAUGGCACACGGUACAAUCUUCUCAAUUCAGCUGUUAUUGAGCUCUUUGAGUUCAUUAGGGUGGAGGAUAUUAAAUCUCUCACUGCCCACAUAGUGGACAACUUUUCUGAAGUACUAGAAUCAAUUGAGUAUGUUCAAACGUUUAAAGGACUGAAGUCUAAAUAUGAACAGGAAAAGGACAGACAGAGCCAGAGACUAAGCAGAUACCGUAGGGAUGCAAGGACAUUGGAAGACGAUGAAGAACUUUGGUUUAAUGAAGAUGAUGAUGACGAAGGGGAAGCUGUUGUACCGCCUAUAGAAAAGUCCAAGCCAGAGGAUGAUUUUUCUGACAAUUAUGGAAAAUUUAUUGAAGCAAAAAAAGCUAAAGAAAGUGAAGACAAAGAGAACCUUCCAAAGAGGGCAUCAGGGGGAGCUUUCAAGUUUACCUUUGCACAUUCGACUGUAGCCACUAAUGGUGCAAACAGUACCAAUAGUAAAACAACAGCAGCGUCUCCUGCAAGUCCUAACAGUUCUUCCUCAAAGACUAUAAAUUCUGCAGCGAUUGUGACGAAGGCAGGUUUAGUUGGUCUUGUAGAUUAUCCUGAUGAUGAAGAAGAAGAUGAAGAAGAAGAAACAGCAUCUCCAAGAAAACGCCCCCGUCUUGGAACAUAAGUUAUUGCACAGAGUGCUUUUUGCUUCCCAGAACAAUGGCAAUCCCAUUUCCACAGCUGGUUCAAUCUGAGGAGACUGCCCUUUCUCAACACAACCUUCAGUAGAUGACACAAGGCAUGAACAACACUCUGCAAGGGUCUCUGCCUGAGAGCUUCAGAAGAAUUUGCGCUCCCAUACUGAAACUCUUGUGCAUAUGUGAGAUGGAGGUUUGUUCCACUGCAGGCGGUAGCAGAAUCCUAAUGGGGAACGUGUCAAGUUUUAAAGAGAAGGCUUUGGGGGAGGGCAGCACAAUAAUCAUCUGUCUAAGAGACCAGGACUUGGACAAUAAAAUAGCUUCCUAUUUAGGAAGUUGAAACUGGAACUGAACUGAUAAUGCUAAGUAACUCUGUAUUCAGAAUUUUAUUAAAAAUACUGUAUAGUGUGUCUAUUCUUCUGUGUUUGUGUUUUUUUCCUAUGAAAAACAUUUUCAAGGGGGCUGCAGUUACCUGCCAGUGUAAUUUGUACAUGGAGGGUGGGACCACUAUGUUUACCUUUUAUACACACUUUGAUGCGUUAGAAAAAGAUUAUUGGCAAAGCUUUUUAAGGCUUAUUUCUUCAAAGCAAAAGUCUAUUUUCUGCCUGAUCUGAGGGGCGUUUGUACUUUUAAUCUUUUGGGGUGGGGAUUGGGGAAUAAAAGUUGGGUCAUUUUCAGUUAUUUCUAAAAUGUAACCUUUUUAAAGAGAGCCUGUGCCCAAAAGAUAAGCCUAACACAGUUGACUUAGGAGCAACAAUGAUGUCACAAAAAUGUGGAAUUUUAACUUAUUUAACUAACCUGACAAAUGCACACCUUAUUAAUGCAGUCAACGAUUUGUUCUUUUAAUUACUGAGCACAUCAGUGAAUUCCCAGUCUCUUGACAUUUUAUAGUUUCUGUAACGAGAAGCUUUUUUUUUUUUUUUUUUUUAGUACUUCAAUGUGUUUUUAUAUGUAUAGAGAUAUAAAAUUGCCUGUAAGACUCAAAGUUUUUAAAGGUAAUGUUAGUUAGUAAGCACAGUGACCUGUGUGGGUAUAAUCUUCAUGGUAAUCUAAUAAAGCUUUGUCAUAGUUUAACACUGGCUGUUGAACUAUGUCAUGAUCUCCUCCACAGACCUUUCUAUCAAUGCGUGUUAGUUUUUGCUAAUUUUAGCAGAAAUGUAAAGAGACAUUCUUCUAUGUACGCCCCAUGCGGCAUGAUUCGUGUUUAACAGGAAUUGGUAUGUAUGUAGAUAACAUUAGGUUUUCCAUAACCAAAUUAAUUUUGUAUGUUUGGAUGAACUGCCACUGUUGCCAUUUUACAACGUUUGUAUACGUUAUUUGUCAAAAAAGAUCUGCAAUUAAAUGUGACAUUGUAAUUAA